AUCGCGAAUCCAACAUGGCGGUGAAUCUCACAGACCUCUCCCUGCCUCAGUUAGAGGGCCUGAAAACCCAACUAGAUCAGGAGAUCGAGUUCUUGACGUCUUCAAUCGGUCAGCUCAAAGUUGUCCAGACAAAAUAUGUUGAAGCCAAAGAUAGUAUGAACGUCCUGAACAAAAACAACAAAGGAAAAGAAUUGCUCGUGCCACUUACCAGCUCUAUGUACGUCCCUGGAACAUUGAAUGAUGUGGAAAAUGUGUUCGUGGAUGUGGGGACAGGCUACUAUGUCGAAAAGAAUGUGGAUGACUCGAAGGCUUUCUUCAAACGUAAAAUAGACUUCCUCACAAAGCAGAUAGAGAAAAUUCAGCCAGCGCUUCAAGAAAAACACGCUAUGAAACAAGCGGUGAUUGAAGUGAUGAACGUGAAGAUCCAGCAUCUCCAACAGAACCAGCAGUCAUCCCAAGUGGUUGGACCGACCAAGGCUUAAUGAGAAGACCUGUCUGAACUCUUCAUGAUUGGGGGGGGGGCUGUUAUGUAUUUGUGCAAAUGAUCGAAGGAAGUGUGUAAACCAUGUCACCAGUAAAUUAAAAGUAGACUAUUGUCUUGGUUAAGAAAUAUGUACUUGGUCAAUUUGAAAUCUGAUUGGUGUCUGAUAAAUUUACAAUAAUUAAAAUGGUCAAUGUGCAUUUAUGGAA